UUUCCAAAUAAAUGGGUUACACAAUCACUUACAGAAUAGAUAGCACAAUCGAAGAGAUAGAAGAGAAAAUCAUAGCUCUCGAAGGUGAACACAUCUGUAAACUUGAAGUUGAUCUUCAUAUGUAUUACCACAAAACAGUCUCGAGCGAUAUGAAAAUAGCUGUAUCUGAAUAUUACGAGAGAUGAUUUUUCAUUCAUGAAAAGGAAGAAGAAGAAACAUUCUGAGCGUUUUCAUACUCCAAAGAAAAAUCAUUCUGUGAUUCAUUCGAAACAGAAGCAGAUUUCAAGUCCUAUCUUGACCAUUCUGGUGUCUAUGACUACAAGAGUUCUAUUCCGAUCAUAGGGAAUGUAUGGAGGAUGGGUGAUUUCGUGAUCAGGCUCGGCCUGAUCACGAUUGGCCUCACCAGCAAGCAUAUACUGAUCCAAGUAGAAUACGGUGUCUUGAGCACUUACAAAGCAACAGUGUUUAUCGAAGAUUUCCUAAAACAACUCCUCACAGACGAAGGAGUUAAGAAGAUAAUCUCUCUAAAAACAGAUAUAAAUGACUUCUUCCCAGAUAAGAAAGAGGAGAAGUCCAUGAUGCCUCAUUUCCGAUUGAGGCAGUACUGCCUCCCCAUAAUUGAAGAUUUAAGCUAAAAUUCAGUAAAAAUGUUCACAAAA